AUGGCCUCGGCGGAGGCGCGCCGCCUCGCGGUCGUGCCGCAGCUAGAUAUCGAGCAGAUAUUGAAGGAAGCUCAACACCGAUGGUUACGCCCUGCUGAAAUAUGUGAAAUACUGAAAAACUACAGGAACUUCCGUAUUGCUCCAGAACCACCAAACAGACCACCAAGUGGCUCACUUUUUUUAUUUGAUCGGAAAGUAUUGAGAUACUUCAGGAAGGAUGGUCAUAAUUGGAGGAAGAAAAAUGAUCAGAAGACUGUUAAGGAAGCCCAUGAACGAUUGAAGUCUGGAAGUAUUGAUGUGCUUCACUGUUACUAUGCCCAUGGGGAAGAGAAUAUAAACUUCCAAAGGAGGACUUACUGGAUGUUGGAAGAGGACUAUAUGCACAUUGUACUUGUGCAUUAUCUUGAGACAAAGGGUGGCAAGUCGUCUCGUGCUAGAGGAAAUAACACCAUUAUUCAAGAAGCUGCUGUGGAUAGUCCUGUAAGUCAAUUACCUUCACAGACUAUGGAGGGAGAGAGCUCACUUAGUGGACAGGCCUCAGAAUAUGAAGAGGCAGAAUCAGAUAUUUAUUCAGGAGGAGCCGGAUACGACUCUUUCACUUCGAUGCAGCAGCAUGAAAAUGGAACUGGACCCGCGAUAGAUUCUUCUGUCUUCAGCUCUUACACACCUGAUCCGUCCAUAGGUAAUUACCAGGGGCUGCAUGCCACACAAAAUAUAAGCUUCUAUCCUGUUAACCAACAUAAUUCUCCUCUCAUUCUUAAUGGAUCAAGUGCCAUGCUUGGAAUGAAUGGCCGUGCAAAUCAAACUGAUCUUCCAUCGUGGAAUUCUGUGAUAGAACUGGAUCAUGAGCCUGUUCAAAUGCCUCAUCUCCAGUUUCCUGUUCCUCCUGAUCAAGGUGCUACCACGGAAGGCCUGGGAGUUGAUUACUUAACAUUUGAUGAAGUAUAUUCUGAUGUCCUCAGUCUCAAAGAUAUUGGUGCCGCAGGAACUCAUGGAGAGUCAUAUUUGCAGUUCUCUAGUGCUACUGGUGAUUUGUCUGCAUCAGAGAACAGCUUCCCACAACAAAAUGAUGGUUCUCUGGAGGCAGCCAUUGGCUAUCCAUUUUUGAAGACUCAGUCAUCUAAUCUAUCCGAUAUCCUAAAAGACAGCUUUAAGAAAACUGACAGUUUUACAAGAUGGAUGAGCAAAGAGCUUCCUGAAGUGGAAGAUUCUCAAAUUCACUCUAGUUCUGGGGGGUUCUGGAGCACUGAAGAAGCAAAUAAUAUCAUCGAAGCAUCAAGCCGUGAGCCACUGGAUCAGUUUACUGUUUCCCCGAUGCUCUCGCAGGACCAGCUCUUUAGUAUAGUCGAUUUUGCUCCAAACUGGACAUAUGUGGGUUCAAAGACUAAGAUUUUAGUUGCUGGUAACAUCCUGAAUGACAGUCAAAUCACCGAGAGAUGCAAGUGGUCAUGUAUGUUUGGAGAAGUUGAAGUUCCAGCAAAGAUUUUAGCAGAUGGUACUCUCAUCUGUUAUUCACCCCAGCAUAAACCUGGUCGAGUACCUUUUUAUAUUACCUGCUCCAACAGGUUGGCCUGCAGUGAAGUGCGGGAGUUUGAAUUUCGACCAACUGUCUCCCCAUACGUGGAUGCUCCUAGUCCACAUGGUGAAACAAACAAAGUUUAUUUCCAGAUACGCCUUGACAAGUUGUUGUCCCUUGGACCGGAUGAGUACCAGGCAACCGUAUCUAACCCCAGCCUGGAGAUGAUUGACUUAAGCAAGAAGAUAAGUUCACUGAUGGCGAGCAAUGAUGAGUGGUCCAACUUGCUAAAGUUGGCUGUUGAUAAUGAGCCUUCUACUGCUGAUCAGCAGGAUCAGUUUGCUGAAAACUUGAUUAAGGAAAAAUUGCAUGUCUGGCUUCUAAAUAAAGUUGGUAUGGGUGGCAAGGGACCCAGUGUGUUAGAUGAUGAAGGGCAGGGCGUGCUUCACUUAGCAGCUGCCCUUGGAUAUGAUUGGGCUAUAAGGCCGACACUUGCUGCUGGUGUGAAUAUUAAUUUCAGAGAUGUUCAUGGGUGGACUGCACUCCAUUGGGCUGCCUUUUGUGGCCGAGAGCGGACUGUAGUUGCGCUUAUUGCUCUGGGAGCAGCUCCUGGAGCUUUGACAGACCCAACUCCUGAUUUCCCUGGAAGUACACCAGCAGAUCUUGCAUCAGCUAAUGGUCAAAAGGGAAUAUCUGGUUUCUUGGCAGAAUCUUCUCUGACCAGUCAUCUUCAGGCCCUCAAUCUGAAGGAAGCUAAUAUGGCUCAAAUAUCUGGUCUACCUGGUAUUGGAGAUGUUACUGAGAGAGAUUCACUGCUGCCUCCAAGCGGAGAUUCAUUAGGUCCUGUUCGAAAUGCUGCUCAAGCUGCUGCACGGAUAUAUCAAGUUUUCAGGGUGCAAUCCUUCCAGAGAAAGCAAGCGGCUCAAUAUGAGGAUGAUAAAGGUGGAAUGUCUGAUGAGCGUGCCCUGUCACUCCUUUCUGUCAAGCCACCAAAGUCAGGGCAGCUUGAUCCUCUGCAUUCUGCUGCAACUCGCAUACAGAAUAAGUUCAGAGGAUGGAAGGGGAGAAAGGAAUUUCUUCUUAUUAGGCAGCGAAUUGUGAAGAUCCAGGCUCAUGUGCGAGGUCACCAAGUGAGGAAGCAUUAUCGGAAAAUAGUUUGGUCUGUUGGGAUCGUGGAGAAAAUUAUAUUGCGUUGGAGGCGUAGAGGGGCUGGGUUACGUGGGUUUCGGUCUACAGAAGGUUCAGUUGAGAGCAGUAGUGGCGGAACAAGUAGCAGUUCAAUCCAAGAUAAGCCUUCUGGGGAUGAAUACGAUUUUCUGCAAGAAGGACGAAAACAGACUGAAGAACGGCUCCAGAAAGCUCUUGCGAGAGUGAAGUCCAUGUCUCAAUACCCGGAAGCAAGAGAUCAGUACCAGAGGAUUUUGACUGUCGUGUCAAAAAUGCAGGAGUCUCAGGCUAUGCAAGAAAAGAUGCUGGAGGAGUCAGCAGAGAUGGACUUCAUGAGUGAAUUCAAGGAAUUGUGGGAUGACGAUACACCUAUCCCUGUGAAACAAUUAGGAAUGAGAUUUUUUGCACGGGUCAUGGCCUCGGCCCCGUUUCUGUUGCUUAGGCAAGGCUCCACCAUGAUGGCCUCACCAGCGUUGCAAACGGGACAACUUGUGACGGCCUGUCCUGUUUUUGGAGGGGAUUACGCGGCAGUCUGCAUGACGCAGCAAGCUGCUGCGGGCUCAUGCAGUCAUGCCGCGGGUGCGUGA